AUGGAGAAUUUUAAUUCAAACACACCCGAAUACCAACGAUUUUUGAUGGACCGGAAAAUCCUCGGCGAAGGUUAUCAUCCUGCUGCUGCUGCCGUGGCUGCCAACCUUGGAUCUUCAAGGAGUGUAAUUGGAGGAGUUGGAAAUGCUAUUGCAAGUUCUUCUAUUUCCAUUGUUCAAUCUGGGUCCGGCACCGCUGUUGCAACUACCAGUAGUGGUGCAACUACUACAGCAAACAUGACAGAAUUUACAAAGAGAAAGAAUUGGUCACAACGGAUCAUUGAAGAAUUAAAAGAUUUCUUGCACGUCAUUUCACCAACGGGAAAACUUAUGUAUUGUUCACCUUCUUCAACAGAACUGGUCGGUUAUACUCCGGAAGAAUUAGUCAAUCGUAACAUAACGGACUUUAUACACGUUGAUGACAUUGAUAUGUUCCGUAGGGAUUUUAGUUUGGCCAUCCAAAAUAAGACUAGUUUUACUCUUUACUAUCGAUUUCGCAAGAAGGAUGACAAAUUUAUAAUCCUUGAGGUUAACGGUCAUCCUUACUUUGGUGAAAGUAAUUCAACUGGUAAUUGUAAAUGUUUUUAUAGUAUGGGUAGAGCUUAUCCAUCAAAGACAACAGCAAUGUUAGAUUCAUUUUUGGAAUUAAAAGUUGAAAAUGAAAAUUUACGUCGUCAACUUCGUGAGUUAAUUGGACCAUCAGAAACUCCAGCUGAGGCUAGUGGCAGCGGCAGUAUCAGCGGGAUUAAUACUACUACUCCUACCACCACCGGGGGAUUAGCUGCUGGGGCUGUUAUCCCUGAAGGACUUCAUGAUACAAGUAAUCCGUUAGAAUAUUUGACUGGUUUACGAUACCAGGAGGGUGAGCGUGCCAGAGGAAUUUCCACUGGCUCAAAUGACCCAACUUUACUGAACGAAAGUUUAAUGGCUGUAGAUAUGGCAAAAUCGUCUUCAAGAGACGACAACCUUUUAUCUACGCAAACCUCCGCCCAACACGAACCUGCUUCUCAACCUUCAACGAUUACCACAACUUCUUCAAGAUCACGAAAAAAGAAAAAGCCUAAGGUCGAGGAAGAAGAAUAUGUCUGCACGGAUUGUGGUACAGUGGAAUCACCGGAAUGGAGAAAAGGACCACUAGGACCAAAGACAUGGGCCAAGAAAGCAAAGAGACAAGCUAGUGGUAAUGGUGGUAAUGGUGGAGGACCAACACAACCUCCCCCUCCAUCAGGUAUUGAUACUGGAGGUGGUGAUUAG